UUUAAAAUGUUUUUUUUUAAUUGCCUUUGAUAGGAACAAAUUACACCAUUAUUGUAUGCAUUUCGAAGACAAAGUGGUGUAAUAAGUCGGGCCCGCUGUCCUACAACAUCUCUUGUUUAUUUUAUUUUUGAGGAGUUGAGAUAUUUGUAUAAAAGUUUAUGUACAGUAAUGAAUAUGUUCUGGGAAUGUUUUACCAAAAGAAUCCUUUAUUGAUGCUGGCUGUUGUGCUUGAAAGACAUAAGGCCUAGGAAAAUAUCUGUGUUUAGGACAACCCAACACUACCUGGCUAAAACCCUCAUUCUAGAGUUUUUUCAACCCUGGAUGAACAAAAAUCUGUUCUUCUGUUUUUAAGUUAUUCAAAACCAUUUGCGUUGAUUACGAUUUAAAACAAAGUAUUAGUUAUUGGAUACACAAUAUACUGAAAUGGCUUGGUUAACCCUUUGUGACUUGCUUUGCUGUUUUGAUUGGUUUUUAAAGAAAAAACAAAGAAACUUUGUUAAUACCAAACUUAGUAUUUUUGAAUUGAAUUGAAUUGAAUUAUAAGCAAUAUUUCCGCAAUCUCAUUGGUAUUUAAGAUUGCAUAACUAGUUUGGUUUGGUUUGGAAACCUGGCAGAAAGUGUGGCCAUCUGUCACAGGAAUGGCCCUCUCAGUAUGGGGAAUAUUGAAUUCCUUUCACCUUCACUCUCUUCCAUGCUCUUGUCAGUUUUGUUGGAGAGACUUUCCUCCUUCUGGUCAAUAGUUGAGUUAUGACAACCAUUUACAAGUAUAGAUUCUAGCCAAAGUGUUUGGCUGGUUUAUUUGUUACAACUGUUUUGUCUUUGUAGACUGAAACACUUUUCCUUCUGUUUGGAUUGCUGUGUUUGAGAGAAAAUCAAUAUUUCAAGAGGAUAGUGAUCACAUCAAUGCAGGUAUUAACAGCUUCAAAGUAGUAAGAAUUAUUUUUAACAGCAGUAUUUUGAUUGAAACAAACUAUUUAAUUCUUAUAGUGCACUAACCGUAUACAGAUACAAAUUUUAUCAUAGUCAUAGAUGAAUUGUGUUUCAUUGACUGGAUUUUCUCACUUGAAUCUGAAAGGUGUGACUCCAAAAGUUUUUUUUAGUGUGAGUCAACCUUUUAAGCUUGAUAUUAAAACUUGUUAAGAGAGCCAUUGCAAAUGUGUUAGUUAAGACCAGGGACGGCCAAACUACUAGUUUGGAGAAAACUGAGAGGCUGGUAAGAGAGGUUCCUCACUGUCAUCCACAGCUCAGAGAUGUUGCCAUAGAAAAUCAGAGGCCACAUGGUUCGGGCAGAGAUCAACAGCUCUCGUGGCUGUGGAUAGUUGAUGAAUACUAUGGCGGCUGUGAAGUCUUGUUCGCAUGGGAGGCAGGGAGCCAAGUUUGAAUCGCUGCAUGUGCAAAACAUCUACAAUGAGAUUGCUCCGUGCAUGAACAACCUUGAAAAUAAAGCAUGGCCGCACGUGAAACGAUUCCUCAAGAGGUUUCCACCUGGAGCUGUCAUUGCAGAUAUUGGUUGUGGGAAUGGGCGUUACAUGGACAUCAACAAAGCUACCUUCAAGGUUGGCAUAGAUGUUUGCUGUCCCCUUGUAGACUUUGCUCGAGAAAAAGGUCAUGAGACUCUCUAUGGAGACAACCUGCAUGUUCCGUUCCGCGACGGUGUGUUUGACGGUGUUGUGUCUAUUGGCGUGAUACACCACUUCUGUUCCAAGGCAAGGCGAGUAGCGGCCCUGAGAGAGUUAGCGCGAAUACUACGUCCAGGCGGCAAGCUCAUGCUCUAUGUCUGGGCCUUUGAGCAGAAGCAUAGAAGGUUUGACGGUCAAGACAUCCUGAUUCCUUGGCAUGAAGGCUGCCACAGAGAGAAGAGAUUUGGGUCCACAUCCUCCACUCACUCCAGCCUGGGCGGGCUGUCUAGUGUUAGUUCUCUCAGUGAAGACGAGCCCAGCGAUAGCCCGAGACCUGUCAACCAACCUGAACAGUCAGACCUAGGCGGUGCGACCACGUCAAGCCCACGGGCCCGGGCCAGCACAAACAAAAUACUCAGAAGGCAGGGCUCUGUUAGCCUCGAUGAUCUCAUGACAGUCAGGGAAUUGAGUGAUUUCAAGCCAAACUACUACUCUUUAGAUUUCACCAAAAGUCCGAAACGUGGUAUACGAAAAUCCAACACUGACAGCUAUGUAUGGAGCAAUGACCUUACAAACAGGCAGGCCCAAUCCAGAAAAGAUACAUUAAUCCAAGAAUGUCGCAAGCUCGAGGCUUCUAUAAGAGCACUGUCAUCAGGAAGUUUAGACUUGAUGCAGAAAACUGAUGAUGACCUAAAAAUUGAACUGAGAUGUGGAAACAGCAGCCAUUCUCUGGAACACUUUGACCCUUCAGGAACAUGUGAGGUUAAGUUGAAGGAAAUGCAGGUUGAUGAUGAUGCUUUUGAAGAUAAAGAGGAUUCUAGUGAGUAUCUUGUGAAAACUCUAGCUGAUGAUCUGAAAAUCAAUCUUGAUUGGAAUAUAGGUGAAAUAGAUGAUGAUUUUGAAGAUGAAAUUCUAAGUAAUCCAGUGAUAAUAGAUAGUGGGUACUCAGAAAAUGUACAAGAAGAUUGUGAUAAGUUUGUUAUUAGUCAAAAAGACAGCAGCCUAAAUGCAUUAGGUUCUUUUGCUCGUGAUAGAAAUGGGCAGAAGUCUUAUCCAAAAACACGACAUGUAAACCCAUUUUUGAAACAGGACUCCUUAGAUCCGUAUUCAUUUAACAAUGUAUCCGAUGACAUCAGUGAGGGAUCUGGAAGUAUUGAAGUGAUCUAUGAACAUUAUGAAGAGUUCAGCAACCCUGAUCAAACGUCUGUUAACUUUAAGCCUGAGACAAAACAAAAAGAACCUGAAAGGUCUUUCUUUAGAUCUGUGAAGGCAAAAUUAAAAGGAAUUUUUGAUAGCAACGAUAGUGAAACAAAAGAAAGAAAUGAAAAACUGUCAUUGAAUCUUAAAUCAAAAAUUGAAAGGAAUGACAAGCCUGAACUAACGAGGGCUGGAAGUAAACCAGAAUUUUCUGAGGAGCAGAUUAAACUGGCCCAACAACUCAACUUUCAGGUGCGUGAGUUUCCCUUGAGCAGCUGUCCUGAUGUUGUAACUCCAGACAAGGAAGAUAUGAAACCGGUAGAAGUUAAUUACGGGUCUGAAAAUCAAAUGCUCAGUAGAAAUAAUCUCAACAGCUUAAACAAAGAGUGUGAAAAGUUUGCCAAAAUGUCAAGAGCGUUUGCUAGAAAGGACGCAAAGAGUUGUGAUAUUGAAGGAACAUAUGAGGUGAUAUAUGAUGGCUACAUGAAAAUAGAUGUUGAUCAUCUCUCAAAUGAUGAAGAUGCUUCCUUGCUAAACGAAGAAAGUUGUGCCUUAGUGUCAAAUCGUGCAUUUAGUCAAAAAGGCAGUCAUGUAGCAGGCCAGUGUAAAAGUAUUUGUGGCAAGCAUUGUGAAAACCAAAAUGAUUUUGAAAUUGUCAAAGAGUGCAAAAGGGAACACAUUUUAGCUAAAAAAUUUAGUCAAUCUAAUCAAAAUACCAUGAAACCCACCACCCCUAAUACUAUUACAAUGGCAUCCAGUUCUUCUAGUCAAAACAACAUGGAAUCCAGUCAUCCUAGUCAAAACACAGUGAAACCUUGUACUUUUAGUCAAAACACUGUGAAAUCUAAUACUUCUAGUCAAAACACUGUGAAAUCUAGCACUAAUACUCAAAACACCAUGGAAUCCAGUUAUCCUAGUCAAUACACAGUGGAGUCCAGAAUUCCUAGUCAAAAUAGUAAUGAUCUCACCUGUACAGAGAAUGGUCUAAAUGAUGAUGGCCCUGAAAUGUUGGAUGAAAUGAAACACUCUGGCUCAUUAGAACAAGCAGAUUCAAACAUCUCUGUAGAUGAUUCCACUACACGGCUGAGCAGAUACUAUCACGUGUUUAAAGAGGGGGAGCUGCAUGCAUUGAUCUCAGAGGAAGUACAUGAUCUACACAUCACGCAGUGUUUCUAUGAUCAUGCCAACUGGUGUAUUGUGGCAGAAAAAUUGCCUGUAUAAAAACAUUGCCAUAGAAAGUCCUAUCAUCACUAUACAUGUUGGUCGUGUCCGGCCAACUCUUCUUAUCCGUAUUGCAUGAUUUGUUUUUGUUCAUCAUUGAUUGGAACAUAAAGAUAUUUUUUAAAGUUUACAGUACUUUUUUUAUAAAUUAUAUUUUUAUUUUCUUUGUUUAUUUAAUGUAAUAAGAAUGAACUAUUGGCAGUGCUCACUAUUACUUUCAGAACUAUAUUUUACUGUAUUUUUGUAAUUCAUUCAAGUCUGGGACUUGGACAGUAAAGAAUAGUCCUUCAAGUUAGACAUAACAAUUAAAAUGUUUGUUUCUAGUUUUGGGAUCUCAUCAAAUUUUUGCUCCGGAUCGGAAUCUUUUUGUUUCCAGCAGACAAUCUUUUUAUUGCCCACAGACAACUUUUUCUGACCGUGAUAUUUUUUCCUUUUGAGAAAUAUUUAUGGUAGAUUCUUGCACAGGAAAGAUAGGUAAAUGUAACCAGACCUAAUCGUGACAGUUUUCAGUGUGGAUAUGAUAGACCUUUUACCUUAAUAAACUUUACUAGAAACAAAUUGGAAACUUUACUAGAAACAAAUUGGAAAAAAGUGUUGUUUUUUAUAUAAAGGGAGCUAACUCCUGCAAGUUUAAUGAUUAUUUUCUCGGCACAAAACCUGUCGAUCAUCUGAUCGUAUAUCACUACUUUGUUCAAGGUUAAAGGGUAAAAAUAUUGAAAAAGGUCAGGAUUGAACAGAAGUUGCAUACUUCAUGCAAUGUGUACCGUCCAUUAUUCAAUAAGGUUGUAUCAUCAUAAUUAUGGUUACAUGUUUAAUUCUCUAUUCAGAUGCCCAGUUUAUUUAUGGAUGAUCAUUCAGUUAGGAUGACCAUUAUUAUCACCAUUCCAAAGUUUGUCAUUGCUAUUUAAUAACAAUGCAACUUAUAUAUGAUGCCAGAUCUCGUCAAUGGUAGGGAUGAUAACUCUUUUGGUAAAAUGAGUAUUAACACAUUUAUUAUUAUUUGCUAUACAUGUGCACAUUUUUGUGACGCAGAAUUUAAACAACAUGUUUUUAGCUGAUCUGUUUUGAAACACUUUCAAGAUAUUGCUAUGAAACUUGGUACACAUGAUGCAAGAUACACAUGGUGCAAGUUACAGUGGGCGCAUUUGUAGCAAGGACAUUGACUCCAGCUUUAUUGCUUGUUGAUUUCUACCCCUUGUUCGACUGGAAAACCACCCAGACAUGUUUCUCUGUUUUUUUGUUUAGUAAUAAAUUUAUACAUUAAAGUAAUUGCAUAGCAGUGAACAAAGGUAUAAGAGUUCAUAAUAAUGGUGAUUAAUAGUUUACGUAAACAUACAUGUAUGUAUUAAAUAGACUAUUAAAAUCUUAUAUAUUCUGGGUUGGUUUUCCAGUAUAUUUAGCAUGCAUCGUCUGUCACAAAUAAAAAUAAAUGUUAAUUCAAUGCAAGUUCAAGGGACUAGUUUACAGAUUUUAUGUUGUCAACAAUUUUUUUAAACUAUUGAAUUGAAAUCUUUCUUUUAAGAAUAAGCACCAAACAGCAACAUGCAUUUUUUGUCACAUUUUUAAUUUGGUAUUAGUAAUAUAACUCUAUUUUAAACUUCUGAUGAUUUUUUAAUUGAAUCAAGCACUUGAUUCACAUUCCACACAUUAUUUUCAAUGUCUGAUCCUACAAAAUUUUAACACAUACUAACACUGUCAUACAAGUAUUUACAGUGAGAGAUAUUGAAUCCCACUGAGAAUUGUAUACAACUUUUCUAUAGUCCAAUGGAAGCCUUAUGCUAUUUUUUGUAAAUUGUGUAGAAUGACAAACUGAUAUCGUAGGAAGGGUAGUGCCUUUAUCAACAAUAAAAAUGUACAAACAAAAUACAAAAUUCAAAUAUCCAAACCUCAUGUACAAAAAUGUUUGUAAUUUAAUUUAGUUCAAUGCAUUUUAUGUCUAGCCAUUCGACUAAUGUUAUCAUAUGUUUAUGAUAUUAUCCAAAAUAAAUCAUAUUCAUGUUUAAAUCUGACAAUGUCUGCUAGUCAUCAUUUCGUAUAGUUUCAAUAUGUCUUAGAUAUUGUUUUUACUGGUGUCUUUGUUAUGAUCUUAAUAAA